GUCCGUAUUUAUGUGACGGAACACUGUUUUUAUCCGUUUUGGAACAGAAACGUAUCCAAAAAUUACUAUAAAUGUAACCAUAUUUAUGGUGUGCUCAUGAUUUAACUUAACAGAAUUUGUGGGGAUGCAGGAGAUACAGGGGAUUCGAAGAGUGUUUUCUUUUCUCACAGCCACGGCCAACCAUCUGUGUCAUGUUUGACUGAAUUUCACUCAAACCUUAAGCAGCAUCAUCUCGUUCACUCUGGGACGAGGCCCUUCGUCUGUUUAGAGUGCGAACAGUCAGCCAUCAGGUUUUAUUUUUUAUUAUUAUUAUUUUUAUUUUAUUUUUUAUUUUUUAUUUUUUGCUUCCACAUGUAGCCUAGUUAACUUGCCUGAACUCAAGGGCUGACACUUUACAUUGGACACUCUAAACUCAGUGACUCUGAGCAGGUUACAUUUCCAGAGAACACUGAUACGGCUAAUUCCAGAUUUGUGGCAUAGAGGGCCAGAAAUCUGGAAUAACUGCAAGUGGACAGUGUAUGGUUGCUGCAAACAGCAAAGAUGCUCUUACAACCAUGUAACAUGUGAUGGAAAGGUUUUCUUUGAGAACCCCCCACAUGAUAAAGGCAGUGUUGGAAAAAACAUACACUUUUUACUUUUUGAAGACAUGCUAAAGAAUGGAUGUAACAUUGAUCUUUCUUUGCAGUGCAUGAAAAUGCUUAACCUUUCAAAUGGAAUGUCAGCUGACAUGUGGCUUGAGCUCAGUCCCAUAAAACAGGAGACAUCCAUCCAAAAUGAACAAGAAACCCAAUCAGAGAGCGUGACAGACUGUAACACUUCAAGAAAUGAAGCUCUGAAAAACAUGAAAACACCCCAAAACAACCAGUGUUUAACAUGCCUGAAAUGUUUUUCUGCACCAUCAAAACUUAGACGGCAUGUUUUAACUCAUACUAAUCAUAGGCCCUUUGGUUGUAGGUUCUGUGCCAAGACUUUCCGUCAGUUACCCCACCUAAAAGUCCACUUGGCAACUCAUUUAUCUGAAAGUACAGGCAAAAUGUGUCCUGCAUUUCAAUACAGCCCAUGUGGUAGCUCAACUCAACGACUCCAGGAAAACCAAACAUUUGGAGAGAAACAAGAACCAUGUGUCACAACAGAAAGUGCGGACAAUUAUGUAAAUGUGAAUGAUUCAUUUCCAAUACCUCCAUGGAAUACACAAAGUGUUACUGAGAAUUGUAAUGGAAAGAAAAGAAUUUAUGAUUGCCCUAUUUGCCUUAAACGGUUUGGUGCACCAUCCAAAUUAAAAAGACACUACCUUAUUCACACGGACCAGAGACCCUUUCCGUGUUCCAUAUGCGGUCAUGCUUUCAGGCAACUUUCCAAUCUAAAAAUACACAUCAGAGCUCAUACUGACUGUAAGAAGAAAACAGCACCUUUCCAGAGCCAUAGAUUCAACAGUCUACCUCUACCCGAGUAUUCAGUAUCCAAUUCUGGGCUAAAGCACUCUACAUAUAAUUGCCUUGCCAGAACAUUUAGAUCUUAUGCUCCAAAACAUCUUAGUCUCCAACAAAGCAACACAUGUUCAACAGAUAAACCAAAGUCAGCUGCAACAGACUUGAUCAAAACUGAAUCUGGCACUGCGAGUAUCACAGUCUCCAAAUAUGUUUCAGAAAGGGGCUUAAAAAUGAUAAAAUAUCCACAAGGAUAUUGGUGCCUCACUUGUUCAAAAUGCUUUAAAGCCCCAUCAAAGCUCAAGCGUCAUAUUCUGAUCCAUACGGGCCAAAAGCCUUUCAAGUGCACAGUGUGCGCCAAAGCUUUCCAACAAAAAGCAUACUUGAAAAUUCACAAGUGUAAGGCAGAAUUUAGAACAGAACCCAAUUCCUGUUUGAGGGACGAUCAGUAUGCACAGAACAUCGUCAAGCAGAGCCCUGGUGCUCCGAAUGCUGCAGGAGAUGUUGUAAAAACUAGACAACAGGGCGAUACCAUAGUAGACAAAAUAAAUUCUGUCCACGACGUUAGCUUUUUCGGACCAGAGGUAAGAUCUUUUUCAUCAGGUUGUACCACAAAUGCUGUCACACCUGCUGAGAAGAGAAUUCCUCCAACGUCUGAGUCUUCCAAGCUCCUGUGUAUGCUUCAACUCAAAAAGAACGGUGGAUAUCAGUGUAGAAUAUGCUUGAAGAUAUUCCGUUUUCCCUCUAAACUAACUCGACAUCUGUUCAUCCAUAUGGACAUCAAGCCUUACACCUGCAACGUCUGUAGGAUGUCAUUCAGGCAGCUCUGUCAUCUCCAGAGGCACCUUAGGGUGCAUAUGGCAAAAAGACAAAAUCCUCUUAGCUUAGAUGAAGACACUGAGAAGUACAGGACCAAAUCACCAACACCUGGAGAUAUUGCAGAGAUGUCUGAAUCUUUCAAUGGGACAAAGAACUGCAAACAGGAUGGGAGAAGUAUUCUCUUACCUCAGACAUUCGACUCAAUCUUAACAGAGACCAAAAAGUACCAAAAGCUUGACCAAACUGUCCCCUCACAAUCGUUGUUCUUAACAGAGCCAUUUGAGUCAUGUACCACAGGGAUUGAGAGCUCAGAAACGUUAAGAAAUGAUAAAGUACAGGUCGAAACCUCCAGCCCAAUGUACAUUAAGCUCAAAGGAAAUGGCGUGAAUCAGUGCAGUGUCUGUCUGAAGAAUUUUCAGUUUCCUUCCAAGCUCGCCAGACAUUUUUUGAGCCACACAGGUACUAGACAAUUUAAGUGCCAUAUGUGCUUAAAAUCGUUUCGACAGCGGUGCCAUUUGCAAUGCCACCAGAGUGUACACAAGAAAAGAGGCCAAAAUGUAAUUGCUGGUAAACACUUGGAACAGCAGAGCAUGGUUUCUUUUGGUAAUGAUGAGAUAUCUGAAGACCAAGUUUUUGUAGGUGCGGAAGACUUUAUUACAGUGCAACAAGAUCAGGUUGCGGAGGAUAUACUAUCUCAAAAGAUGAAUCCUGAGGAAUUUCAUCAAAGUGGUGGCUGCAGUGAUUCAAGUGGUACUAGUAAUUUAGAGAAUGUUGAGAUCAAGUCAGAGGUCAUUUUUCGAUGCAACGACAAAUCCGUUUGUGAGCUUCUGAUACAUAAAACUGACAUAUCCAUGCUUGUUGAGAAAAGGACAUCUGACAUUAUGCCUUUUGGCAGGGUGAGUGACUGUCCACCCACAACUGACUCUUCUUCUCAUUACUGUGCUUCAGAACAGAGCACCGAGGAAGAAUGUUCUCGAGACAUGGAUGAUGUUAUUGAAGAUUGUGCUAUUGUGGACACGCACACAGUUAAAUAUGUCCCUGAUAGUUACAUGCCUCGUUUGCAUCAGUAUCAGCAAAUUGAACCAUCCCAAGUCCCUGGGCUCAAAGACGAUGUGGUUCAGGAGCAUUUGGACUCCCAGGUUCCUAUUGGACGCUUUGUUGAACCACCAAAUGACCUCCCCAUUUGCCCUGGCUGUAGUCAGUGUUUUCCCACAUUAAAGACAUUACAUGCACAUAAAUGUGCCAUCAAAUGCCCUGAAGAGACAAUUACGAAAUCCCACCAGUGUGACAUCUGCUUCAAAGUCUUUGGGGCACCAUCCAAACUGAAGAGACACUGUGUUAUUCACACAGGCCAGAAGCCUUUCCAGUGCACACAGUGUGUGAAGAGCUUCACACAGUCGAGUAAUCUGAAAAGACACAUGCUGUCCCACAGUUAAAAGUGUUACCUGAAGAUUGGCCUACAGGUAUGAUCCACCACAAGGGCUUUGACUGUAAAUCGGUUUUCACACUAAAUUACAGAAACAGCCUGGAUCUUUUUGUUCAUGUAAAACAAGUAAAUUUUUUGUUUGGGUUCACCUUGUGAUUUGUGUUCAUAGGAUGAAUUUUUAUUUUGUAUUUGACAGCAAUGUAAAAUGUGAAUAAACCACAAAUUUAAUUUGGUCAUGACACAUCUAUUAGUUUUCCAGUUCUGCUUAACAUUAUGCUAAAUAGUAAAAAAAGGAAAAUAAUAACAUUGAAGAUGAAAAUUUUAAUCAAAUACAUUUCCAUCUUUUUAAAAUGUUUAUGUCCAAGAUUAUUCCAACCACACUCAAGUUGUAGCAAGGUGUUUGACCAUCUCUUUCUAAUUUUACAGACAUGGUAGCUAAGUCUUGACUCUUUUCUGCCUGUACCUAGUAAUAAUUUUAAUGUUCCAAAAUCAGUGGUGUGAUGGAUAUUGAAAUUAAAGUGUGGUUUAAUUUGUAGUAUUUCCAUUUAUAUCCACUAGAUGGUACAAUAUGCUAUUUUAUUAUCAGAGUAAUGGAAAAUUAUGGAGCACUGUAAAUGUAUACAGCACUAAAUUAUACAUCAGUAUGGCAUUUACAACUUUAUCAGAUUCUCCAAAAAUAUAUGGUUAAAAUAAACGCUAUAUGAUCACCAAAACUGAAUUUCAUUUUCCUUUAGAAACACAUGAAUUUAAAUUCAUGUGAAACACAUAGCUUUUUUGAGUCCUCAGUUCACCUCAAUACAGGUCAUGUGAGUUUAGGCUUUGCCUAUCUAUCAUAGCAACCUUCUCUGUUGUCAGAGUUCAAAUGAGAAAGUGGGGGAAAAUUUAACCAAACAUUUUCUGGAAUAAGAAGUGUUUGAUUAUUCAUUUACAUAUUUUACCACAGCAAAACAAAGUCCAAUCACAGUAAUACACAUAUUGUAACAGAACAGCACUCAGUACCUGUUCACUUUAUCGAAGUUUAAUAAGUGUCUGAUGUACCGAGGAACAAAUUAAUCUCAAAGGGCACACUGAGCUCUUCUAUGUCAAGUAUGAACUUCAUAUAUUAAACUCUAAUUGGUUCUGUAAUUAAAAAUACAACAUUUUAUUGUAUUUAACUGUUGUUGUAUAUUUUUUUGCAUGUUUUAUUGUAAGUUAUCAUAAGUCCAUAAGAAUGUAUACAUUCCAUCAAUUCCAUUCCACAGUUUAUCUUUGUUUUCACUCUUGAAGAUCCAAGUUUAUUUGGACCAAAGAGAUGACCGUUUAUGCCCAAAGUGCUUUGAAAAGCAUUUUAUUUUUAUUUUUUUUUACUUUUAUUUAACCAGUAACAAAUCACAUGAAAACAGUAUUCACAUUUACAACAACGGCUGGGCCUUUUUCUUUCUUUUUAACAACAAAUCUGUCUUGUCCUUGCGUCACAAAACUCACUAAAGUGAUAUGGUGUAUGCAAAAUGUAUGCAAAUACAUAACAAAUUAAGAUAAUGCUCAUUCAAAAUAACCACUUCAGAAAAGUGUGCAUCUUUUACUUUACAUUUCAGUCACAUUUGGCAUUUCAUAACUUCUGAAGUAUUUGAGAAAUUGAGAAAUGGGGGCAGUUAGCUCUUGCAAAAAGGGGCUUUUUACCCCAAAUACUGCUCUUUCACUUAUUGGACACACUGUAAAAAAUGUCUGUAAUUUUAAUGGUAAAAGACUGUAAAAAUGCUACAGAAAUAAAAUGUUAAUUGAUUAACAAAUAUUAACUGUAAAAUAUACAGUAAAUGUUUUUUUAUAUAUUUUAAAAGACAAUGCAGUAGUUUUUACAAUAAAAUGUUGUAUUGUUUUAGUAAGAUUUUCCUGUAUACUUAAUGGUAAGAAUUUACAUUGUUUAACAAGAGAGUACAUGUACUUUUUACAGUAAAUUAUUGUUAAAAUUACAGUAAAAAACAAUAAUUUGGUGUUCCCACAGUUCCCUGCAUGACCAUUACAUUUUUCAUUAUCUUUUAUGGAAAUAGUUAAGUUUCUUAUUUUUAAUAUCAGUUACAUACAUUGGGGUGUUCUGUUUUAUAUUUGAUGUAGUUUAGUUCAUGUUUACUGCAUUAUGUUAAUUUCACAUGUGUUACCCUGAUGGUGUUUAGUGUUUGUGUGAGUGACACUGAGCACUGUCUCUACAUCGUUAUUGGUCAUUGCUUCAUGUCAUCAUGUGCACUUCUGUAAUUAGUAUGGUGAUUAACAAUACCUUAUAAAAUAAAAAGCAGAUUUUUACAGUUUCAGAAGUUAAUAUCAAGUGUAUGACUGUUUUUUUCUUUUUUUGUUGUUUGUUUGUUUGUUUUUUAUGUCAAUUUAACAGAUUUUUUUUUUUUUACAGUGCC